AUGUUUAAGGAGGAAGGUCACCCCACACCAAAAUUCAUCAGUUACCAGCAUCUUAUGCUACAUCGCGUUCUUCGCGUUGUCAUGGAUUAUGAGCUCUAUGGAUCGACAAUAACACCAAACUAUGUGCAAGAAUAUAUGAGCAAUUAUGAUGAAUUGCAAGCAGCAUUCAGAAAUGAAAUGGAUAAUGAAGUAAAAUUAACUACAUCUACUGUAUGUGUUUGUCGGCGGGAAAUGACUAAACGAGAAAAGCAGGGUAAAUUAAAUGUCAGUUGUCUGGGCAAUGUAUUGAAGGUGGGCAAUGUUCUCCAUGCAGUUAGCUGGGAAGAAUGGUGGACUUAUGAUGGCAUAUCAGGUCCAGCCUUUUGGGGAUUAAUCAAUCCUGAAUGGUCUUUGUGCAACAAAGGACGAAGACAAUCUCCUGUAAAUUUAGAACCUCAACGCUUACUUUUUGAUCCUAAUUUAAGACCAUUACAUGUAGAUAAACAUAGGAUAAGUGGUUUAAUCACAAAUACCGGACACAGUGUCAUUUUCACAGCGGGUAAUGACACGGUCGCCAACUAUGACGGCAUGCAGACGCCCGUCAACAUAACAGGAGGUCCACUAUCCUACAGAUAUCGAUUUCAUGAAAUCCACAUACACUUUGGUCUCCAUGAUCAAUUUGGCUCGGAGCAUAGUGUAGAUGGUUACACGUUUCCUGCCGAGAUACAAAUAUUUGGUUAUAAUUCACAAUUAUACAACAAUUUUUCGGAUGCAUUAAAUCGAGCUCAGGGUAUUGUUGGAGUGUCCAUCCUGUUGCAGCUGGGCGAUUUAUCAAAUCCAGAAUUGAGAAUGCUGACAGACCAAUUGGAUCGAAUUCGUUACGGUGGUGAUGAGGCAUUUGUUAAACGUCUUUCGAUACGAGGCCUAUUGCCGGACACAGAUCAUUAUAUGACCUAUGAUGGGUCGACCACAGCACCUGCCUGUCAUGAAACUGUGACGUGGGUUGUCCAAAAUAAGCCCAUUUACAUAACAAAGCAACAGUUACACGCUUUACGACGCCUUAUGCAAGGCAGUCCGGAUCACCCGAAGGCUCCCUUGGGUAAUAAUUAUAGACCACCACAACCUUUAUUGCACCGACCCAUACGCACCAACAUUGAUUUCAAAACGACAAAAGCCAACGGAAAGGCAGCCUGUCCCACCAUGUACAGAGAAGUUUAUUAUAAAGCCACUAGUUGGAAACAACACUAAGAGAUAAAGCGUAGUCGCAUGUUUUUUUUAUAUAUCAACCCACAAGAAAGCAGCAAUCAAAGGAUACAAAUGGAGACGAUUCAAG